AUGACUGGAGGAGGUUUCGCCAGAGACAAUAACAAAGAGUUUGAGGCAAAGAUAACUCCUAUCAUUAUCAUUUCAUGCAUGAUGGCUGCCACCGGUGGUCUUAUGUUUGGUUACGAUGUUGGAGUUUCAGGUGGUGUGGCAUCGAUGCCACCAUUCUUGGAAAAAUUCUUUCCGAAAGUGUAUCGACAAAUUGCAGAAGAAGGAUCAGAAAGUAACUACUGCAAAUACGACAACCAAGGGUUGCAGCUAUUCACUUCGUCAUUGUAUCUGGCUGGUUUAUUAGUAACAUUCUUCGCAUCUUAUACAACUCGAGUAUUAGGGAGAAGGCUCACAAUGUUGAUUGCUGGUUUCUUUUUCAUUGCUGGAGUUGCUUUUAAUGCAGCCGCUCAAAAUCUUGCCAUGCUUAUAUGUGGUAGGAUCUUACUUGGUUGUGGAAUUGGUUUUGCAAACCAGGCAGUGCCAGUUUUUCUUUCAGAGAUUGCACCUUCGAGAAUACGUGGAGCAUUGAAUAUACUGUUUCAGCUUGAUAUCACACUUGGGAUUCUUUUUGCUAACCUUGUCAAUUAUGCCACCAACAAAAUGAAAGGUGAAUGGGGUUGGAGGGUAUCCCUUGGAUUAGGAGGUAUCCCAGCAUUACUCCUAACUUUAGGAGCUUACUUAGUAGUAGACACCCCAAACAGUCUCAUCGAACGUGGUCACUUAGAACAAGGAAAAACUGUCCUAAGAAAGAUUCGCGGCACAGACAACAUCGAUCCUGAGUUCUUAGAGCUUGUAGAGGCAAGCCGGGUUGCUAAACAAGUGAAACAUCCCUUCACAAAUAUCCUCAAGCGCAAUAAUCGACCUCAACUCGUCAUUUCCAUUGCCCUAAUGGUUUUUCAACAAUUCACUGGGAUCAAUGCGAUAAUGUUCUAUGCUCCGGUUUUGUUUAAUACAUUAGGGUUUAAGAAUGAUGCUGCACUUUAUUCUGCUGUGAUUACUGGUGCUAUCAAUGUUGUAUCAACUAUAGUCUCGAUAUAUUCGGUCGAUAAACUUGGACGUAGGAAGCUGUUAUUAGAAGCUGGUGUACAAAUGUUUUUGUCACAAAUGGUGAUAGCAGUUAUACUAGCGAUCAAGGUGAAGGACAAUUCUGAGGAACUCUCAAAAGGCUAUGCAGCACUUGUGGUAGUUAUGGUUUGUAUUUUUGUGUCUGCGUUUGCAUGGUCAUGGGGCCCACUUGGUUGGCUUAUUCCGAGUGAGAUAUUUCCAUUAGAGACUCGUUCUGCAGGACAAAGUGUGACAGUUUGUGUCAACUUUCUCUUCACUUCUGUUAUUGCACAAGCUUUUCUCUCAAUGCUUUGCUAUUUCAAGUAUGGUAUCUUCUUUUUCUUCUCUGGAUGGAUCUUGAUCAUGUCUGUUUUUGUGUUUUUUCUUGUCCCGGAGACAAAGAAUGUUCCUAUUGAAGAGAUGACACAGAGAGUGUGGAAGAAACAUUGGUUUUGGAAGAGGUUUGUUGAAGUUGAUUGUGUUGAAGAUGAUAAAGUAAGUGAUGGAAAUGGACCUAGCAUUAUGGUUCCUUAG